AAUCGCUGCAGCAAUUCUUUCUAGAACUCUGUAGCUCUCUGUCGUUAGCCCACGCUAGCUAGGUCGCUCUGAAAUUACCUUGGCUCUCAGUCCCUGCACUGAUCGCGCAUCCACACUUCGCAAAGGUGCUUUACUUGGGAUUUCGCCUCAGACUAGUUGUUGGCUUCCUUUCUACCACUAACUCAGUCGAGUCAUAGUCUAAGCUUAGAUUGGCUAGUUUCCUGUUGGGAUCAUGUCUAGGAUAGACUACAGCGUGUGGGACCACAUCGAGGUCUCAGACGACGAGGAUGACACGCACCCAAACAUCGACACACCCAGCCUGUUCAGAUGGAGACACCAGGCGCGUGUGGAGCGAAUGGAAGAUUUUCAGAGAAAAGGUGAAGAAAUGAGCAAGGCCCUCGCUGAAAGCCGACGGAAGCUGGCCGAGGCUCAGAAGAAAGUACAACAGUUGAACAGUUCAGCAGCAGACGUUUCCAAAGCAGAGCUGAGCAAAGCCCAGGCUGAGGAGAAGAAACUGAAGAAAGAAGAAAGGGAGUUGGAGAAGAAGUUGGACGAACAUAAUCGAGAAGAGAAGAAGAUGCCAUGGAACGUUGACACACUCAGUAGAGAUGGUUUCAGCAAGAGCAUUGUUAAUAUCAAACCUGAUGUUGAGGAGACUGAAGAAGAAAAAGAGCAAAAGCAUAAAACAUUUGUGGAGAAAUAUGAAAAACAGAUCAAACAUUUUGGCAUGUUGCGACGUUGGGAUGAUAGCCAGAAAUACCUCUCUGACAACCCUCAUCUAGUGUGUGAAGAGACUGCCAACUACCUAGUCAUCAUGUGCAUUGACCUUGAGGUGGAGGAGAAACACGCCUUGAUGGAGCAAGUGGCUCAUCAGACCAUCGUCAUGCAGUUCAUCCUAGAGUUGGCAAAAAACCUCAAGGUGGACCCUCGUGGGUGCUUUCGUCAAUUUUUCGCCAAGAUUAAGACAGCAGAUCAGCAGUACCAAGAUGCUUUCAAUGAUGAGUUGGAGGCUUUCAAGGGCCGGGUUCGUGGCAGGGCGAAGAUUCGCAUUGAAAAGGCCAUGAAAGAAUUUGAGGAAGAGGAACGGCAAAAGCGCCUUGGACCUGGGGGAUUAGAUCCUGUUGACGUGUACGAGUCUCUGCCAAUUGAGAUGCAGAAAUGCUUUGAUGAGAAGGAUAUCCAAAUGUUGCAGGAGGUUAUUAGCAAAAUGGAUCCAACGGAGGCAAAGGCCCACAUGAAGAGGUGCAUAGACUCUGGGCUCUGGGUCCCCAACUCAAAGACAGAUGAAGGAGACGAAAAGGACGAAGAUGCUACAUAUGCAGAGGUGAAACUGCAGCAGGAAGAAACUAAGACAGAGUGACCAGCGUUGAGCCAACGAUGAUGGCUUUUGUUUUUUUGUUUUCUGCAUAUUGUUCUUACCCACUGUAUUGCAACUCCACAGUGUAUAUGACUAGUUUGCCAGGAAAAAUUGGGGAAAAAAACUCCCAUAUGAGAUGUAAGGGAUACACAGCCACGUUGCAUCAGGAGCUUCUGUUUAGAAAAGAAAGCGCAUCAUGUUUUCAGGCAUCACGAAAGUUGUUACAUUUAUUUGUAAGCACCUUUUAGUUUGUGUAACUGGUAAAGUAACACAUGCCUGCCUGCAUCUUUUGUGUUCGUGUAUAGUUUAAAAUAUUCUAUAUUUUCACCUUGUGCGCAAGUUUUUUUUUCUGGUCCAUCUUUUUGACAUUUGAGUCAUUGGUUAAUUCAGACAUUUUAACCUAGUUGACAGUAGACUUUGUAAGUGUUGUUACCAUGCACUUCAAAGUGUACAGUUGACUUUACUUUCUACAAGCUCAGCAUAGGUGGCAAUUCAUUGACACAGAAAACUAUACCAAGCUUCUUUAAACACAGUAUCAGUUCAUUUGUUGUCCCCGGGAUAGUUAGUCUCUCUACAUGGGCCAAGUAUUAGCACAGUAUUUAGGAGUCAUAUGGAGGGAUUGGCCCCAUUUUUGCAUUUAUUAGGUUUUGAUGUUAUUCGUUGAUGUGAUCAUCUAUUGGCUGAUAUGACGCAAGGCAUAAACCUGUUCUGUUCUAUACUUUUACAAUGCUUUUAAUUGUAGUUUUGCUUGACAUAAUCAAAGCAAAUGACUAUCAAAUGCAUCAGUUCUAAAUUAAUUAAAUUGCCAUUUUGGAUAAGACAAAAAUAAACUGCAGCUUUAAAAGUGGGAAUUCCACUUUAGCAGUACUGUUUUACAUCACAAACACAUGAUGCACAGCUGAACAUUUAGUGUGAAAAAACAAGUGGGGCAACAAAAAUCUAAGCUAACUUUAGCAACAGUACAGGUGUUUAGGGAUGUCCUGAAUGGGCUGGCUACUGUAUGGAGUAAUUGCUAUACACAAAUAAAUACUUGCUUACCUUCAA